CCAAAUACAGCAUUACCUAAAGACUACAGUGGUAGAGAUGAGUGUGGAAGUGGAGAGAGCAGCAUCAACGGCGACACACAGGCUACGAGGCAGCGGCCUAUCUCAAUGAUAGGAGUCUUGGAUCUGUUCCCUCCUGAUGCAGAGGAGAAGGAGGACCGCCUUCCUUCUGCUCUGUCACGGCCUCCCAUUCCUUCUCACCAAGUGCCCCCCCUACAGAGCAGUGUCUGCCAGGUUUCGUCCGUCUACACUCUCCCAGAGCACCCCCAUCGGACUGGACCGUGUUGGACGGAGAAAGCUCCACAGAGUGCUAAGUGAUGGUGUGUCAGAGUGCUCUGCAACACUUGAUGACAGCGUGAGUGAGGAAGAGGAGGGUAGCUUUGAUGAGCUCACGGAUGUCACGCCCUACCUCCAGCCAGGGGUGGAGCUCUCUGCACUCAACGAGUGGAUAAGCUCGGGCCAUACAGUGUACGCUGAGGCUCUUUGGGACCAUGUGACCAUGGAGGAGCAGGAACUGGCCUUCAAGGCUGGAGAUGUUAUCCGUGUCCUGGAUGCCUCGCAUAAGGACUGGUGGUGGGGCAGGGGGGCCGACAGGGAGGCCUGGUUCCCCUCCUGCUUUGUAAGGGUACGUGUCAACCAGGAGGACUCGAACGAAAGUGUGGAAAGUGUCGCUGACCAAGAAGAUCUCACCCCCAGAGACACACACAGCACCCAACACAAGGAGCAGAUGAGGACCAACGUGGUUCAGGAAAUCAUGAACACUGAACGAAUCUACAUCAAGCACCUCAAAGACAUCUGCGAGGGUUAUAUCCGCCAGUGCCGUAAACAUCCAGAUAUGUUCACUGAGCUGCAGCUGAAGACCAUCUUCAGCAACAUUGAAGACAUCUAUAAGUUUCAGAGGCAGUUUCUCCGAGACCUGGAAAAGAAGUAUGACAAAGACCAACCUCAUCUCAGUGAAAUAGGCUCUUGUUUUCUCUUACAGGGGGAGGGCUUUUCUAUCUACUCGGAGUACUGUAACACCCAUCCAGCUGCCUGUGCUGAGCUGCAGCGGCUCAUGAAGUCAAGCCGUUAUAAGCACUUCUUUGAGGCCUGUCGACUCCUACAGCAGAUGAUAGACAUUUCAAUCGCUGGGUUUUUGCUCACACCAGUCCAGAAAAUCUGCAAAUACCCUCUGCAGCUAGGAGAGCUGCUCAAAUACACCCCCAAAGACCACAGUGACUACAGUGGAGUGAGCAAAGCAUAUGAGGCUAUGAAGAAUGUUGCCAGUUUAAUCAACGAGAGGAAGAGGAGACUGGAGAGCAUUGACACCAUCGCUCAUUGGCAGGUCUCCAUUCUCCACUGGGAGGGACCUGACGUUCUGGAGCUGAGCUCAGAGUUGAUCCACUCGGGGGAACUGACUCGAAUUGUGCGGCAAAGCAAAAUGCAGCAGCGCAGCUUCUUUCUGUUUGACCACCAGCUGGUCUUCUGCAAAAAAGAUGUCCUGCGCAGAGACCUGCUCCACUACCGUGGACGUUUGGACAUGGACCAGACCGAGGUGGUGGAUCUCCCUGAUGGGAGGGACCCAGACCUGGGGCUGACUGUGAGGAAUGCUCUACGCUUGCGCAAUGCCUCCACUCUUGAGUUUGUGUGCAUGUUGUGCUGCAGGAAGGCCCAGGACAAGCAGAGGUGGUUAGAGGCCUUUGCCAAGGAGAGACACAGGGUCAAGGAGGACCAGGAGAUGGGGAUGGAGAUCAGCGCAGAGCAGAGAAAACAGGCCAUUAUUAACGCCAGAAGAGCCAAGCACGGAAAGAUCAAAGCCAUUGGUUACUCUGGUUCUGUCCCACCCCACCACCAAAACCUUCACCCACUUCACCAGCGUCACAUCACCAUUCCCACCAGUGUCCCUCAGCAGCAGGUGUUUUCACUGGCCGAGCCUCCGAAACGAAAGCCCUAUCACUUACUCUACAGCAUCACCCGCAAUGCCUUUUUCAGGAAAUGAGACUUUCUUCCAUCAUCCUGUUAACGUUUGUCUUUUGUACAUUCAAACCGUCCUAAAAAGUCAUUGAACACUUUAUUUUUCGCCUCUGUAUUACCUGUGAAUGUAUGUACUGUUUUGUUUUCGUGCCUCAUAUGUUUCUGUUUUUGUUGCAUGUUGAAGUUUAGUGCCUACAACUUGGAAAAGGUAUGACAAAAGUGUUAAAAUACUGACUCAGUCCAUUUUGUUGGUGUGUCUAAAGAUGCUGCUCACAUAAUCUUAAGAGACCCCACCCCAUGUCUUAAUAAUUCUAGAUGAAGUAUUUUUGAUGUUAAUUAUGACAAUGUAUGUUCGGCUUUUAUGAUGACACACAUGGUUUAGUGUAUUUCACAGAGGCUGGGCCCUUGUUGCUGUGAGUCUGUCAGCUCUGAGCAUGCAAAACAGCCAGAGGAUGCAUCAGCUGACAUUUAACUAUUCUGUUAACGUUGUAAAUAAAACUCUUGUAUAAACAUUCACAAUGAAA